ACUCUAAUAAAUGAUAAGUGUACAAUAAAAAUAGAUAUCUUAAGUUAAAAAUGGAAAACUCAUUUCCCGAAUUUUUUUUUCACAGAUUGAGAGAGAGAAAAGAAACUAAAGAGGAAAAAAAAAAGUUUGUAGAUUGUAGAGAAAAAAAGGACGGAGGAGGAAAAAGGGUUGUUUGCAAAAUUGAAAUUUCAACUCAAUUAAUUAAUUUUAUUUGAGUUGAAAUUUCAUGCAUUUUUUGGUUGAAUUCUUGAAUUUGCAUAUAAGAUUGGGUAAAAUAUUAAAGGAAGCUGAAAUUAUUUAUUGGUUUUGUAUUAAUUAGAUUAAUGGCUAUACCGGAGCCCUUAGAAUUGGGGCAUAAUAGUGUUGCCAUUGCAAUUGAUAAGGGGAAGAAUAGUCAAUCAGCUGUACAAUGGACCGUGGAUCAUUUUUUGAAAGGAUCAAAAGACUUCACUGUUGUUCUUGUUCAUGUUAAAACCCACAAUUACCAAUCUCAAAUGAAUUAUGGUCCAACUGGUUCAACCCCAUCGGACUCUGAAGUGAAACAACUAUUUCUUCCUUACCGUGGAUAUUGUGGUCGAAAAGGGAUAAGUGCAUACGAGGUGGUACUCCAUGAUAUCGAUGUGGCAAGUGCACUUAUUAGUUACAUUGCGGAACACUCCAUUGGCAAUAUUGUUGUUGGCGCUUCCAAUCUCAAUGCUUUUACAAGGAGGUUUAGGCCGCAAGAUGUACCUACAAGUUUGGAAAAAUCAGCACCAGACUUUUGCACUGUGUACGUUAUCUACAAAGGAAAGAUACACUCAAUGCGUGCUUCUAAUAUUUGUCAAGUACCUUCUUCUAAUUCCAACGCCAAAACCGCAAGGUCUAAUAAGUCUGCAAGCUCCAAGUCUAGUUACAGCAAUGGCGACGACAAUCAAUCCAACUUCUCGGGCCAUUCGUCUUCUAGAUCACAAGGAUCUUCCAGAUCGAAAGGUAUGGGGCAAUCAAAUAGUCCAUACAGAAGCACUAGAAAUGAUAAUGCCCCCAGAUCGCAAGGUACGGGGCGUCCAACUAGUCCAUACAACAACCCUGCUAGUCCAUAUAACCACCCUGCUAGUCCAUACAACAACCGUAUAGGUAGUCCAUACAACAGCCCUAUAGGUAGUCCAUACAACAACACAAGAGAAGACAAUGCCUACAACAGAUCUCAAGGUAUGGAGCAACCAACUACUCGUCCUCAUAACGCCAACAAUAACUUCGACAACCCCUCUAGUCAUCGAAAUGAGCAAAAAAUACUCUUGAGUGCACCGUGCACCUGGGUAUAUAAAACAAUUUCUAAUCAACAUGACCUCAAAAAAUUUAAGCAAUUUGGUUGUUUAUCUUUUAGAUCACCGGAUAAAGGGCAACCUUCUAAACAUCGACACAGCUCAAGCUUUGAAAAUUCAUUGCGACUUCAAAACAUGGGGCAACCACCUACACAUCCACACAACAAUAAUAGCUUCGAUAAUUCUCCAAGGAACCAUAAUCGACAGGGUAGCGGCGGCAAGCCUAGUGAAAACAAUGAGCCACGUCCUCGAACAUUGUCAAGAAGUCAAAGCUUCACUUCGGAUGAGCUGGAUGAUGAAAUGAGGCAAUUGAAGCUCGAAAUAAAGCAAACAAUGGAACUCUAUCAUACAAUAUGCAAGCAAUCUACAACGGCAAAGCAACAUGAUGAGCUUCUUCAAAGUAUAGGAAAUGAAGAUAGCAUUGAGAAUAUAAAGCUAGCAAGAGAAGGCGCGAUGAUUGUGGCAGAAUUAGAACGACAAAAGUGUCAAGCAGCAUUGAACGCAGCACAGAUGACAGAACGAUUAAUCGAAAUGGAGACUCGAAAGAGAAAAAUUGUGGAGGAGAGAGCCGCUAAACAAGAAGAGAAUGGACAGAGAGCAAGAAGUGCUAGCCAAGUUAGCCAUCGAGAAUACACCUUUAAGGAGAUUGAAGUUGCAACGAAUAAUUUCUCGGCUACAUUGAAAAUCGGCGAAGGAGGGUAUGGACCUGUGUAUCGAGCUGUCCUUCAGCAUACCCCUGUUGCAAUCAAGGUUUUGAGGCCGGAUGCAUCACAAGGACUUAAGCAAUUUCAACAAGAGAUUGAAGUGCUAGGACGAAUUAGACAUCCAAACAUGGUACUUCUCCUAGGAGCCUGUGCGGAGUAUGGGUGCCUCGUGUACGAGUACAUGGAGAAUGGGAGUUUAGAAGACAGACUGUUCUGCAGGAACAAUACACCUCCCAUACCUUGGAAGACUAGAUUCAAGAUUGCAGCAGAGGUAGGAAGCGCGCUUUUAUUCUUGCACGAGGCCAAGCCAGAGCCAAUGGUACACCGCGAUCUCAAGCCAGCAAACAUCCUCCUAGACGGGAACUACACAAGCAAGAUCGCCGAUGUAGGACUAGCAAGACUAGUCCCACCAGCAGUGGCAAACCAAAUAACACAGUACCACAUGACAGCUGCAGCAGGAACAUUCUGUUACAUAGAUCCAGAGUAUCAGCAAACAGGAAAACUCGGGACAAAGUCCGAUGUUUAUUCACUAGGAAUCAUGCUGCUACAACUUAUCACGGCAAGACCUCCUAUGGCAUUGUCUUACCAUGUUGAAGAAGCUAUAGAUGAAGGGACUUUCAGCGAAAUGCUCGAUCCGUUGAUCCCGGAUUGGCCUGUUGAGGAGGCCUUGUCACUUGCUAAAUUGGCUCUCAAGUGUAGUGAGAUUAGGAAGAAGGAUAGACCACAUUUGGAUUCUGUUGUAUUGCCAGAAUUAAUUCGGUUGAGAGAUUUUGCAUUCAAAUUAUAACUUGAGGGUGGAAAUUUUAACAUGUUGUAGCAGAAGUCUUUUGUAAAUCAAUAAAGAUCAGAGUAUAAAGUAGGUGAAAAAAAUGCAUGUUUGUUAUACUUUUAAAUGGAGAUGUUCUAGUCACAAAAUUGUAUAGUGAUUAUUUUUGAAG